CCAGAGUGCACUGCGACCGGUGGAGUCCUCCAAUCGGCGCUCGCCGGCAGGGGCCACUUCCGUAGAGAGGAACGGCGGAGCGGCCUGUGUGCAUGGCGCUGUUCCCAGCCUUUGCGGGCGUUAGUGAGGCCCCCGAUGGUGGGGGUUCCAGGAAAGAAUUAGACUGGCUGAGUAACCCAAGUUUUUGUGUCGGAACUGUAACUACCCUGAGCCAACAAACUGAAGAGGCCACAGCUCUUGUUUCUGAAGGGUCAUCACCAACAAGGAGUCCUCCGAAAUCAGAGCCUUCAGAUGAAAGUGAUGCUAGCAGAAAGCUCACACAAAUAAGCAGGAGAAAGAAGAAGGAAAAAAAGAAAAAAAGGAAGCAUCAGCACCACAAGAAAACCAAGAGGAAGCACCGGCAGUCGAGCAGCAGCGAGUCUGAGCCAGAUUCUGAUUCAGGAAAGGACAGAUCUUCCAGGAGCAUCAGAAGCAGCCAGAAUCAAGCUGAGAAACCCAAUCAAGGAAAUAAUACUGCUGCUGAUGCUGGACUUCGUUCUGUCUGGCUUGAGGACAUUCAGUCUCUGACAGGAGAAACCUUCAGAACAGAUAAGAAACCCGAUCCUGCAAACUGGGAGUAUAAGUCUCUCUACCGAGGGGAUAUUGCAAGAUACAAGAGGAAAGGAGACUCCUGCCUGGGCAUUAACCCGAAGAAGCAGUGCAUAUCUUGGGAAGGGGCUUCCUCAACAAAGAAGUGUGCGCACAGGCACGUUGAACGCUAUUUUACGAAGAAGAGUGUGGGGUUGAUGAGCGUUGAUGGCGUUUCUGUUAGCAGUAGAACUGAUCCUCCCUCUGCAGAGCCGGUCUUGUUUAUCCCCGUGAAGGACUUGGAUGAUAUGGCUUCUCCUGUUACAACCUGGUUGAAUCCUUUGGGGAUUUAUGAUCGGUCAACCACACAGUGGUUACAAGGACAGGGUCCUUCAGAAGCAGAAUCAAAGCAGCCAGACUCACAGCUGGACAGAGAGAAUGCUCUUCUCAAGGCAAAGGUGGAGGAGUUUAAUAGGAAGGUUCGGGAGAACCCUCGGGAUAUUCAGCUGUGGAUGGCAUUUGUUGCUUUUCAGGAUGAGGUCAUGAGGAGUCCUGGCCUGUAUGCUAUGGAGGAAGGAGAACAGGAGAAGAGAAAGAAGUCCCUGAAGCUCAUCCUGGAGAAGAAGCUGGCCAUCCUGGAGCGGGCCAUUGAGAGCAACCAGAGCAGCAUCGAUCUCAAGCUCGCCAAGCUGAAGCUCUGUGCGGAGUUCUGGGAGCCUGCUGCGCUGGUCAAAGAGUGGCAGAAACUGAUCUUUUUACAUCCCAAUAACACGGUCCUUUGGCAGAAAUACCUUUUGUUUUGCCAGAGCCAAUUUAGCACUUUUUCAAUAUCAAAAAUUCACAGUCUUUAUGGAAAGUGCUUGAGCACUCUGUCUGCUGUUAAGGAUGGCAGCAUCUUAUCUCACCCUGCGCUGCCUGGCAUAGAAGAGGCCAUGUUUGCACUCCUUCUUCAGCAGUGCCACUUUCUGCGGCAGGCUGGCCACUCAGAGAAGGCCGUGUCUUUGUUCCAGGCCAUGAUUGACUUCACUUUCUUCAAACCUGACAGUGUGAAAGAUCUGCCUACCAAAGUACAGGUGGAAUUUUUUGAGCCCUUCUGGGACAGUGGAGAGCCACGGCCUGGGGAGAAAGGAGCGCGAGGCUGGAGGGCGUGGAUGCACCAGCAGGAGCGGGGUGGCUGGGUGGUCAUCAAUCCAGAUGAGGAUGAUGACGAGCCAGAAGAGGAUGACCAGGAGAUAAAAGAGAAGACUCUGCCCAGGUGGCAGAUCUGGCUUGCUGCUGAGCGUUCCCGAGAUCAAAGGCACUGGCGGCCCUGGCGCCCUGAUAAGACCAAGAAACAAACUGAGGAAGACUGUGAGGAUCCCGAGAGACAGGUGUUGUUUGAUGAUAUUGGACAAUCUCUGAUCAGACUUUCCAGCCAAGAGCUUCAGUUCCAGCUGAUCGAGGCCUUUCUGCAGUUCUUGGGUGUGCCUUCCGGCUUUGUCCCUCCAGCCUCCUGCCUGUACCUGGCCAUGGAUGAGAGCAGCAUCUUUGAUAGUGGACUCUGUGAUGAAAAGCCCUUGACUUUUUUCAACCUUUCAUUUUCUGGCAUUAGCUGUGUUGGCCGCAUGGACCGCUUGGGCUCUCUCCGCUGGACCAGGGGUCACAAUCGAGAGGGCGAGGAGUUCAUUCGCAAUGUCUUCCACCUUGUGAUGCCUUUGUUUUCAGGCAAGCAAAAGUCUCAGCUCUGCUUCUCCUGGUUACAGUACGAGAUUGCAAAGGUCAUUUGGUGUCUGCACACUAAAAACAAGAAGAGAUUAAAGUCACAGGGGAAGAACUGCAAAAAACUAGCCAAGAAUCUCCUCAAAGAGCCAGAAAACCGUAAUAAUUUUUGCCUCUGGAAGCAGUACGCACAUCUGGAGUGGUUGCUUGGCAACACAGAGGAUGCCCGAAAAGUUUUUGAUACAGCCCUCAGUAUGGUGGGCAGCAGCGAGCUGAAGGAUCGUGAACUUUGUGAACUCAGUCUCCUCUAUGCUGAGCUGGAGGUGGAGCUAUCACUGGACUCGGCAGGGGCCACCACGGCCCGAGCUGUUCACAUACUAACCCGACUGACAGAGAGCAGUCCCUACGGGCCCUUCACUGGGCAGGUCUUACCCACUAAUGUUUUGAAAGCUCGAAAGGCUUAUGAGCAUGCGCUACAAGACUGUGUGAGUAAGAGCUGUGUCUCUGAUCCAACUCCUCCUGACUCCUUGAACUGCCUGAGUAGCUUGGUCAAAUGCUUUAUGCUGUUCCAGUAUUUGACCGUAGGGAUUGAAGCUGCCAUGCAGAUAUAUGAACAGCUAUUUGCCAAACUGAAGGGUUCUGUUUUCUCAGAAGGCUCUGGCAUGGAGGACGGUGCCAGCUCCCAGAAUCUGACCAGUGUUCUUGAAGCCAUGACGCUGAUGCACACAAGUCUGCUGAGGUUCCACAUGAAAGUUAAUGUUUACCCUUUGACUCCGCUACGAGAGGCGCUCUCGGAGGCUUUGAGGCUGUAUCCCGGCAACCAGGUUCUUUGGAGGUCAUAUGUUCAGAUUCAAAAUAAGUCUCACAGUGCUAGCAAGACCAGAAAAUUCUUUGAUACAAUGACCAGGUCUGCCAAACCCAUGGAGCCGUGGUUAUUUGCAAUUGAAGCUGAGAAAAUGAGGAAAAGACUGGUAGAAACUGUUCAGAGGGUGGGAGGUAGAGAGAUCCACGCCACCAUCCCAGAGACUGGCUUAACACAUCGGAUCAGAGCCCUGUUUGAGAAUGCAGUGCGGAGUGACCACGGCAGCCAGUGCCCCUUACUGUGGAGGAUGUAUUUGAAUUUUUUGGGAGAGGAGAACCAUGUUGCCCUGCUCACGGCUGACACAGGAGCUACUCCAGGGAGGCUGGCCUGCAUGUUCCUUACAUGUGCGCGACUUGGCUCCAUGGGCUGAGGGUGAAGGAAGGGGGCGCCUCUGUGUGAGCUCUGUCCUGCCCCUCUGAAGACUCAUUGGCAGGAUCAGGAUGUGCACAGAGAUGGUAAAGUGUGACCAUUUGCCCACUGCAUAGGAUGCCAGUCGCUGAAACAAAUUUUCAAAAGAGUUAUUCACAAGGCAGCUGAGUGUGGAGUGGGAGGCCACACAUCUCCCUGCCUGAGGGUAGGUGUGUUGGAUAUUUAUGGGAUAAAGAAGCAGGGUGAUCUGUGGUGUGGGGAGAAUGAUUGGAGGUGAAGUAAUCUGUGUUUCAUGCACGUGUAAUGAAACUUCAUGGCUCUUUAUGAGACACAUGUACAGAAAACAGAGGUGCACCAUCUGAAGGUGGAGAUUUUGGCCCUCUGACGGCAAAAGGUCUCCACUAGACACCUGCGCAGGCCCAAAUGAAGAGUUGGUGGUUUCAACAAAUAUAGCCAAGUCCCUGAAAAGUAACCUAGGCAGCUGUUACCAUCAUGACCCACACGUCAGAGGUGUCAUCUAUAGCUUGGCUUGUGAGAGACUAAGAAUAUAUAGCUCAGCUCCGUGACCCCCAGAAUUAGUGAUUUGUAAAGCCAGUAAAAAUCAGGUAACUAAAGUGGGGAAAGGGGCUUCAGAGAGAAGUACAAAGCGUCGGUUCACAUAUAUGAGGCCAGGCCAGCCACGUUUGUUAAUUAUCAGAGUUAGGAUUCCAGUCUUCAUGGAGUCUUGGAGACUGAGGUGAGGGUUACCUUCCCUACAGUGGCUCUCAGUUUCUUGGGAGAUGCUUCUGACUGCAAAAGGUAGAUAUUUAUAACUGGGAUCCUCUCUUUUAGUAAAUGCCCGGCAGAUGGUUGGCCCCGGUGAGCAAGAGCACAUUUUUCAUAGCAGCUCUCUUCCUUCAUCAGCUCUGUCUUCUUUGGUUCCAUGCAAAGACUCAGUUGGUACCCUCAGGUGUUCCUGGCUUGCCUGAGGACACACAUUCACCCAGUCAUAAUACUGUGGGGGUGACAGGAGUGUCACAGAAACUCCAGAAAAGAGUGUAUCACCCCCCAGUUAUGUUUCAUUCCUAAAGGAAUCUUAUAAGGAGUCUUGGUUGUUAGGAUGACAUUUAGUUGGUGAUAGAGGGACCAGGAGAGCUGGUAGUGUCCAUGGACUCUUUUCUCACUUGAGGCUGUGCUCUACCCACAGGUGAAGGCAUGUCCAAGGCCAUGUCUUAGAAUACAAAAUCAUGGGUAGAAAAUGCACGGUCACCACUGAGUUCUCACCUGGCAUCAAGCUCUUCCACCCCUGAUGCAGAAAAGCACAGUGUUUUCCUGUGGCCUGUUGAUGAAGGAAAUGCCACUGAAAAGAGUGUAGUGAUUUAUUAGGUUCCAGGAUUCUGCACUUGGUAGAAGACAUAGUAAUAUAGUUUUUCUUUUUUCAAAAAGGAAGAAAAGGUUCAGUUUAGUCAGGAAUUAGGAGAGGACAUUGACGCAUACUGACGUGGGAACGAACACACCGGCUGCUUAGUUGUGAAUUGAGUGGCUCAGCCUCAGAACUGGAGGCAUUCAGUAGAAAGGACACAUGGGGAGUCUCCUGAGCCUUGUGGCUGGCUCUUGGAGAGGCUGAGCCUUGCCCAAAGCAGGGUUCUCAUAGGUGUUGUUACAGUCCAAGCUGUAGUCUCUUGUGACCGUGGGAAUGAACCUUCAAGAUUGAAAAGUGGAGUUCCCGAGCAGCAGUUUGGAGCUCUGGAUGCUGCAGUCCAGGUUUCCAGGAGCCCAGUCAUUAGCUCUUCCUUCUCUGCUGGCUGCAGCAUGCUGGCUGUGUGGCUAGGGAGAGCCAGUGUCCACUAGAACACGAUCCUGAGGGAGCAGGCUGGGUGGACAAGCACAGAGACAGACUUGAGCUCCCUGGGCUCUGCUCACGCCAGCCAGCAGGUGGUACUGUCCUGGGUAGCUGGCUUCCCAGGAAGGUCAGGAGAGGUCCCCAGCAAUGGCUCCUUCCACACUGGGCUGGGAACACAGUGGUGGCUGACUUGAGAUGAAGGGUUUAGAUCGAGAGAGAAAGCUGGCCGAGAACCUGCACACACUCAGACUGAAAUUUCUGAUGGAAAAAUUUAAUAAGGUAAAAUCUGGCAAAUGGGGUAAGCUAUUGGAGAAAUGAGAUAGUCCUGAUUAUUUCAUUUCUCUAAAAGACAGCUUUCAUCCAGUGGCACAUACUAAAGCAAAGGUUUUUUUCAUUUGCACAACUUAUCAAGCUCACCAGCUUCAUUUUGCGGAUGCAGAAUGAGGCAGGUGGUUCCCAGUACAGGAGGAGGAACAGGAUUGCUAAUAAAAGUGCUCAGCAUCAACAUGGAGCCAUUUGAAAAGGGAAAUGUCCACCACAUAGCAAGGGCCUAGAGAGCAUUUUCUGGUAUCUGGGUGCAUUCCCGUCAGCCACCGUGAUGGUGCCGGGCCAUCCACAGAGCCUGCCUACGCAGCUAGGGCCGUAUGCCAUGUGAGGGCUGUUUUUUUUGUUUUUUCUUUUUUAUUAAAGCCUGAGCUCUGCUUCAGUUGAUCUUUUUUGUAUUUUCGCCCUC